AUGCAUUGCAUUUCCAUGCGGCACAAACACUAGGUAUUGAAAAAUCACACGACAAAUCUGCCUUCGAACCCCAGGCAGGACACAUGUUCCGUGGUUCACGAAAUCCAACCUCUUCUCCUUCACCAUAAUCUCUAGACAUACCCAGUAUGAGUGCCCCUCUCCGUCCGUUGCUACCUGCGAUUUCAGGAGCUCACACGAGACAUCAACCUGCGCCAGAAGAGAAACAGCGGAAGAGACAAAGGGUAUCGAAUGCCUGCGAAGCUUGCCGCCUCCAUAAAUUAAAGGUCGGGAUGCCAUCCAUAUACUACUUCUAAUGGGUACAC